GCAAGUACAGAUCGACGCCCCGGCCGGAGGCUUCUUGGAUUUGGACAGCAUUCGGGAGGCACAGCCCUUUCUUCAGGAUCUCCUGGAAACUCAGCUCCCAUUCAUGGCGAAGGUCAUCAUGCACAUGCAGCUCUCCGAGGAGAAUGCCACAGGUCAGGUCGUCUACAGCCGGCGUCGUGUUGCCACUGUGCCAAUGCUAGUUCGCCCGCUGGCUCGUCCUGAUGAACGGCUUCGUCGAUACAUCAUCGCCCCCUCCCAGAAGAAGAUCGAAGACCG